CGCUCCGGUCCAGAGGGCGUCUUCAGUACGUGACGGCAGCGAGGAGCCGUUUUUUCUUUAUGGCGUCUGGAACUUUUGCUGCUGCUGGAGGAUGAAAGUUUGGAUUUAGUGAAGCGCAGAAAUGGAGAAGCAAAGAACGAGGAAGGAAAAGUUCUCUCUGUUUGGUUCUCGUUCCACCAACAGGACCACAGUUACUCCCUCUUCCUCCUCCCCCUCUUCCUCUCCUGUCAUCCCUUCAGUGAGAAGGGCUGAGCGUUUGGCUGCCUCUGGCCCCGUCCUGAGUAAAGCGGAAUUCCUGGAGUGUGUGCGGUGUAGUAACCAGGCCUGCCAGCAGGGGGAUUACACCCUUGCUGUGCGUCUUUACAGCGAGGUCCUCGCCGCCGACCCCCAGAACUGCAUCCUGUACAGUAACCGCUCUGCAGCCUACCUCAGACUGGGCCACUACAGUGCGGCGCUGGAUGAUGCAAUCAAAGCCCGGCUCAUCAACCCCAAGUGGCCCAAGGCUUACUUUCGUCAGGGGGUUGCCCUGCAGUAUUUGGGACGUCAUGCCGAUGCGUUGGCAGCAUUCGCCUCUGGGCUCGCUCAGGACCCCAAGAGUCUCCAGUUGCUUGUGGGCAUGGUGGAGGCAGCCAUGAAAUCAUCCCUUAGAGAUUCACUUCAGCCCACUUACCAACAGCUGCAGAAGAUGAAACUGGACAAGAGCCCAUUUGUGGUCGUGUCUGUUAUUGGUCAAGAACUACUGACCCACGGUUUCCACAGCGCCUCAAUUGUGGUUCUGGAGGCGGGGCUGAAGAUUGGAACAUGCUCCUUGAAGCUGCGUGGAUCUGUCUUCUCAGCGCUGAGCUCCGCCUAUUGGUCUUUAGGCAACACAGAGAAGAGUAUGACAUAUAUGCAACAAGACCUGGAAGUGACCAAGACUUUAGGUGACCAAUCAGGCGAAUGUCGUGUUCAUGGGAACCUUGGCUCUGCCCUUUUCUCAAAAGGCAGUUACAGAGAAGCUCUGGCCAAUCACAGGCACCAGUUGGUCCUUGCCAUGAAGCUCAAGGAGAGAGAGGCAGCGUCUGAUGCUCUCAGCAGUCUGGGCCAUGUCUACACAGCUAUUGGUGACUACCCCAAUGCACUGGCGAGCCACAAACAGUGUGUGAUGUUGGCAAGACAAACCCGGUGUCGGCUCUCUGAGGCUCGCCAGCUAGGAAACAUGGGAGUGGUGUACACAGCGCUGGGAGACUUUGUCAACGCCAUCCAGUGCCAGGAGCAGCACUUGGACAUUGCAAAGAGUUUGGACAACUGCCGUGAGGAGGCGAGGGCGUACAGCAAUCUGGGCAGUGCCUACCACUCCCAGCGGGACUUUGACAAGGCAAUAUCUUACCACACGCGGGUGCUGGAGUUGGCACAACAGCUGACUGAUAGAGCGAUUGAGAUGAGGGCGUAUGCUGGCCUGGGUCAUGCUGCUCGAUGUGUGCAGGACCUGGGGAGGGCACGCCAGUACCACCAGCACCAGCUAGAAGUUGCUGAGGAGCUGCAGGACCGAGCAGCACAGGGUCGAGCCUCCUCAAACCUGGGCAUCAUCCACCAGAUGAAAGGUGACUAUGAAGCAGCACUGAAGCUCCACAAGGUCCACCUGUCCUUGGCUCAGGAGUUGAGUGACUAUGCUGCCCAGGGCAGAGCCUAUGGUAAUAUGGGCAAUGCCUAUCAUGCACUUGGUAUCUAUGACCAGGCAGUCAGAUACCACAGACAAGAGCUUCAGAUCUCACUGGAGGUUAACGACCGUGCGUCCCAAGCCUCCACACACGGUAACCUGGCUGUGGCCUAUCAGGCUUUGGGUGCUCACGACCGAGCGCUUCAGCACUACCUUCACCACCUAACCAUCGCACAGGAGCUCUGUGACGCCCAAAGUGAAGCCAGAGCCCUAGCAAACUUGGGUAACUUCCACAGUUGGAGAGGUGAGUACACUCAGGCCUUGCCGUACUACCAGCAGCAUCUGGCUCUGGCUGCAGGCUUGCAGGACCUGGAGGGAGAAGGCAAAGUUUGCCACAACCUUGGCUACGCUCACUACUGCCUGGGACAGUACGGAGAUGCUGUCAGGUAUUAUGACCAGGACCUGGCCUUGGCCAAGGACCUCCAUGACAAAUUAGCUCAAGCAAAAGCAUACUGUAACCUAGGUCUGGCUCACAAGGCCCUUGGAGAGUACAGCAAGGCAGAGGAGUGUCAGAGAUACCUGCUGUCUCUGGCACAGUCAUUGGAUAACACACAGGCAGUUUUCAGGGCCUAUGGGAACCUUGGGGAUGUGUAUGUGUGUCGGGGAGAUCUUCAGGGAGCUGUGAGGUUCUACCAGCAGCAGUUAAGCCUUGCUCAGAAGGUUGGUGAUCAGAAGAUGGAGGCCGAUGCGUUCUCUGCUCUUGGAUCAGUUCACAGGGUGCUUCGCCAGUUAGACACAGCUUUGUCCUUCCAUAGCCAAGAACUGACCCUCCGCAAAGAUCUUGAUGAUCAGCAGGGGGAAUGCCGUGCUCUUGGCCACCUGGCAGCGGUCCAUAUGGCCUUGGGAGACUAUGCCACGACUUUCCAGUGUUAUGAGACCCAGUUGGGCCUGGCACAAGGACUAAGGGACACUCGUCUGGAAGCCCAAGCACACGGAAAUAUGGGAAUUACCAAAAUGAACAUGGGAAUGUUUGAGGAAGCUAUUGGAUAUUUUGAGCAGCAGCUCGCCAUGCUGCAGCAGCUGAGUGGAACUGAGAGUAUGAUGGACAGAGGCAGAGCUUAUGGGAACUUGGCAGACUGCUAUGAUGCUUUGGGAGAUCAUGAGGAGGCGAUUCAGUACUAUGAGAAAUACUUGACUGUGGCACAGAGUCUCAACCAUGUCCAGGACCAGGAGAAAGCCUACAGAGGACUUGGAAAUGCACACAGGUCUCUGGGUAGUCUGCAGCAGGCAUUGGUGUGCUUUGAGAAGCGACUGGUGGUAGCACAUGAGCUGGGUGGAGAAGGCGGGGGUAAGGCCCAGGCCUACGGGGAGCUGGGCACCUUACACAGUCAGCUAGGCAACUACGAGCAGGCCCUGUCCUGCCUGGAGCACCAGCUGAACAUUGCUCGUACAGCAGGGGACAAACCCCUGGAAGCUGAGGCGAGCAACGCCCUUGGAGGCGUUUAUCAACUAAUGGGCGACAAUGAGACAGCGCUGCAGUGGCACCAAAGAGCUUUGGACAUAGCCGAGCAGACUGGAUGUGUGAGGAGCCAGGGCCGAGCUUAUGGCAACUUAGGCCUGACCUAUGAAGCUCUAGGAAACUACGAGAGGGCGGUGGUCUUCCAGGAGCAGCACCUGAGUGUAGCAGCACAGACGAACGAUCUGAUGGCGAAAACGUUGGCCUACGGGAGCUUGGGAAGAAUACACCAUGCACUAGCAAACUAUGCACAGGCUGUGAUGUACCUACAGGAAGGUCUGCGCUUGGCAGAGCAGUUAGGCAUGAGAGAAGAUGAAGCAAAGCUACGACAUCGCCUGGGCCUGUCACUGUGGGCCGGUGCCAACCUGGAAGAGGCACAGCACCAGUUAUACAGAGCGUCUGUGCUCUUCGAGACAAUUCGUCAUGAAUCUCAGCACAGCACAGAUUACAAGCUGUCUCUGUUUGACCUGCAAACCAGCUCCUACCAGGCUCUCCAGAGAGUCCUCGUCAGCCUCGGCCGUCAUGAUGAAGCUCUGGCGAUAGCAGAGCGAGGUCGCACUCGCGCCUUCGCCGAUCUCCUGGUCGAACGCCAAAAAGGAAGUCAGCAAGCAGGACGUAGUGACCCUUACUUCCCAGUUACUGUGGAUCACAUCCUGGAGACGGUGAACGGGCAGAAGGCCGUGGUCCUCUACUACUCGCUGGCUGGAGGUUUUCUGUACAGCUGGCUGAUAUGUCCAGGAACAGGUAUUGUGAAGUUCAACGAGGUCUUCCUUGGAGAGGCAGGAGUGGAGGUACCUGAGUUCCAGGAUGAUGUUCCGAGCACGUCUGGAGGAGGAGCCGAUGUAGGUUCUCAAUCACUGGAUCAGUACAUCUCCAACGCCAGAGAGGCUCUGGGCGUGGACAGCCAUGACAGCAGAGUUUGUUCGAGCAGCGAGACGGACAGUGAAGCUGGAGAUCUGUUAGAACAGCAGUAUGACGAUCUGAAUACCAAACUCGCCGACCCCACCGGCUACCUGCGGAUGGUGUCCAGAAAUAAUGUCUUUAACAGAAGCUGUCGGAGUAUGAGGAGCGUGCACAGCGCCACAGUGUCACCAGUAAAAGACGCCUCAUCAUCUUCGCCUUACCGACCGUGUACCAUCGACAAACCACUACGUGCCCUUUAUGACUUACUCAUCGCCCCGAUGGAAGUGGGCCUAAUGCACAGUAGCGGACCGGUGGGCAGACACAGACAACUUGUACUCGUGCUGGAUGGAGAAUUGUACCUGAUCCCAUUUGCCUUGCUCAAAGGCAGCUCCUCUAAUGAAUACCUGUAUGAAAGGUUUAGUCUCAUUUCUGUCCCUUCGUUAGCCAGCCUGGGAGCCACGGGCAAGGCUCAUCCUCGCCGUGGAGGUUUCCUACCCUGCUCAGACGGAGGAGCAGUGGCUGCAGUGGUGGGCGCGCCUCGUCUGCCUCCCAGUGUGAUGGACCGCUGGCUGUGGGGGCCAUUACCUUCAGCCCAAGAAGAAGCUCUUUGGCUGGGGGAACAGCUGGGGUGCCACCCCCUGACCGGAGCCAACGCCACCAAAGAGCGUGUGCUUGCAGCUCUGAGUCAGGCCGAGUGCGUUCACUUCGCAACUCACAUAUCCUGGAAGCUGGCGGCUUUGGUGCUUACCCCCAACCAAGACGAAACAGCAGGAGAGGGGUCCAGUAACCGAUCCAACGCCAAAUCACCGUGUGGUGCUUCUACAACAGAUGAGACUGUGGAUCCUAAAGGACCGCUGAAACGUUCAUCCACAAAGACUCACAGCACUGCAGAGGGAGGGGCAGAAGAAACCAGCGAGGACCAGGAAAGUGUGUGUGAGAUGGAGAACGUGUGUGAUAGUCCAGCACUUCAAGACUUCCUUCUCACUGCCGCUGACGUACUUGACUUGUGCUUGAUGGUCAAAUUGGUUGUCCUGAGGAUGUUCCCAGAGUCCAGCAGCAGGGUGACAGCAGACGGGCUGGUGGGUUUGACCCGAGCCUUCCUGGCUGCAGGGGCUCAGUGUGUAUGUGUGUCUCUGUGGUCAGUCCCUGUGGCUGCCUCCAAAUUGUUCACACAUAUGUUCUACACCGCCCUGCUCAACGGCACAAAAGCCAGUGCAGCUUUGACUGAAGCCAUGAAGACUCUGCAGAGCAGCAAGCACUUUUCACACCCCUCAAACUGGGCUGGUUACAUGCUGAUUGGCAGUGAUGUGAAGCUGAACAGUCCCAUGUCCCUGGUUGGCCAAGCGCUGACAGAAAUCCUGCAGCACCCACAGAAGGCCAGGGACGCCCUCAGAGUACUUUUACACUUGAUUGAGAAGUCUUUGCAGCGCAUUCAGAGCGGUCACUGUAACCCAAUGUACACAUCGCAACAAAGCGUUGAGAAGAAGGUCGGUGGUGUUCCCGGGUGGCAGGCACUUCUGUCAGCUGUGGGAUUCCGGUUGGAUUUCUCAGGCAGUGGUGCUGGUCUCCCUGCAGCAGUUUUCUUCCCCACAUCAGACCCUGGGGACCGGCUGCAACAGUGCAGCACCACUCUGCAGUCCCUGCUCGGCCUUAGUCCCCCGGCCCUGCAGGCUCUGUGUAAACUGGUGACAGCGUCUGAGGCUGGAGAACAACUCAUUCAUAAGCUUCACCAGGUGCUGGUGCAGCUACAGUCAGGUGACAAAGAGCAAGACUUCUCAUUGGCUCCUAUUCAAGUGUCGAUAAGCGUGCAGCUCUGGAGGCUUCCGGGUUGCCACGAGUUUCUGGCAUCGCUUGGGUUCGAUCUAUGUGAAGUGGGUCAGGAGGAGGUGGUGCUGAAGACCGGAAAGCAGGCCAGCAGGCGAACUAUGCAUUUUGCCCUUCAAGCUCUUCUAGCACUCUUUGACUCAACAGAGCUCCCCAAGCGGCUGAGCAUGGACAGUUCCUCCUCCUUGGAGUCGCUGUCGUCCUCUCAGUCAGCCUCCCAGCCACACUCCUUAACCCUUUCCUUUGGUUGUUACCCAACCCAGCCCUCCUGCUUGCCUCCAGUUUCUUCCAACAACCUCUCCUGCGAUGCCAUCUCCGUGUACAGCCUCAGUUCCCUCGCCUCUUCCCUCAGUUUUCUGUCCCGUCCGGAGCCUGCAGGAAGUGAUGUCAUCAGCCAGCGUUCGUAUCAGCAGGACCUAGAGAAGUCUGCGGGCCUCUUCAUCUCACACCACCAUUCAGACAGCCUGUCAGCCUGCCAGCUGGGUAAUCAUGGAGCAGGAUUAUCUGGACAAGGGGAAGAAGAGGAGUAUCAAGGGUUUUCUAUCAUAAGCAGUGAGCCAUUAGGACGACUGGGGCGAGAAUGCGACACUCUGCCAUUACCUGCGGGACACAGACAUGGCAGAGGAGGUGUUGGGAGAGGAGCUGCUGGGAGUCAUGGAUAUCCCAUUACAAUUUCCACCAAGGGAAGUGUCAGCACGCCAACAUCACCAGUUAAAGCGCCACCACUGCCUCUAACUGUUCCAACGAGCUCAAACCAAGACAUUUCGUCUUCUCAGAGGACGAGAAAAGGGAAGGUGAGCAGUUCUGACUCUGACCAGUCGAGUACUGAGACAGACAGCACAGUGAAGUCCCAGGAGAGGACAGGGCCUGCAAUGCCACUCAAUCCUCAGGAACUGGCGCAGAAGAUCCUGGAGGAAACCCAGAGCCACAUGGAAGCUGUGGAGAGUUUGCAAAAAGCAAGUGCCAGAGGGAAGUCACCACAAGGAGCUGAGGAGAGUGAAAAGACGCGUAGUGGAAAGCCUUCUCCCAAAACCCCUUUCACCCCGAGUCUAAGUCCUACUGGAGGAGCACAAGGGUUCCAGCCCUCUGAGACCAGUGCGUUCAGCAGACCCAGUAGCCGAGCGAGUCUGAAGGGUUGUUCCUCACCGCUCUCACGCCAUCUCUCCACCUCUGUGUCAACACCUCCCCUAACUCCACCCAAGCCUCCAUCCCGCUCUUCAUCACUACAGAAACUCUCCCCUGGACAAACCACCCCAGUUCAUUCUUCUCCCCGUCUUCCUGUAAAACAGCGGAGUUCCCUGACGUCCCCACAUGUGCACACACAACCUCAGCUCAAACUCAAACACGCCGCGUCACCUUGUACCGUUCACGUCUUACCACCCUGCUCUUCCAGCGACCUCUCCACCUCCCCCACCCCUGUCAUCCCCUCUCCUGCUGGCAGUGUUCCCUUUCCUGCCCAUUCCUAUUCUUCUGCCGGAUCACUUUCAGCCUCACCAAGCCUCGCAAAUACUCAAGAACCAGACCAAUCAAAAGACGCUGCUCCACAGAAUAAAGUCCAAACCAUUCACAACUUAAAAACAUUUUGGGCCCACAGACAUGACGUGCCUGACCCUGGCAGUUUAUUCCGAGGUGGGAAUAAAAAAAUGACUACAGUCCAGAAAGAUGUUUUGGGGUUACUGAAUCUAUCACCGAGACAUGACUCUAUCAGCAAAAACACUGAGGGACUCAAGAACCAGAGCACUGGGGACAGACCCAAUGGUCCCCAAACACCGGAGGCAAAAACACCUCCAUUAUCAAACCAUCACGCAAACUCUAAAGCAGGUAGUCCCCCUAUCAGGAUCCCCUCUGCAAAUGGCUACAGGUUUCUCUCCCCCGGACAUUUUUUCCCGUCCUCUAAAUGUUGAGGGUUUGGUUGUUUGAAGCAAGUGAACAUGAUUUUCUGAAUGUGAUGGCUGUGCCUUCUUCUGAGGAGAACUGGAAGGACUAAACAUCAAGUGUCUGGCUUUAAUUCUGUUUUGAUGACAGACUGGAGAGCGCGUCUUUUAAUGCCUCUGUCUACACUGAGAGGAAACGGACUGAAAUACCUGCCACUGUUAAAACUCUACACACUCGCUGUAUUUGUGUAAGUCAGUUACAGAAAUAAUUUGAAGUGAGAAGCUUAGAUUUUAAUGUUACAACAUUUUAUGUCAGGUCGCCCUAAUCAUCGGUAAGUUGGGUAAUAAUUAUUGUCAUUAUCUGUGUUUAUUAUCAUUUAUUUGUAAACAGUCUUUUUUCCAUUCAUUUUUACACACUUUCUAAAAAGAGUUAAACCAACAAAGGCACAUUGAAAAUAUUGU